AUGGCUAAUACAGAGGAACCUUUAAAUGAGGUUGUUAUAAAUAAAACGACUUAUGCAAGACCUACCGAAAAGAUUGAAAAGACAUUGAGCACGCUCGGUAAAGAGAAUAUUAACCACACAUUUGUUUCUUUGGAAGAACGCUUCCAGGAAACUGAAAAUGCAGUGUCAUCAUUCCUGAAAAAAAAUGCGGAUCAACUUAUCCCUUAUGAUGUCGACCCACUUCAUAAUAGUCUGCUUAGCUGUUACUUUCAUCUACGCAGUAUACAUGCAAUUGGCCAGGUAAAAUUGCUUGUAAAAAAGCAUCUGUCGAUCAUCGGGAAACUACUUACAGCAAAGGUACAAAAGGACAUGCUAAUAAGAGCAUCUGAGGAGAUUAUUUCAUUGUACAACGAGAACAAUAUGGAUAAGAAAAGUAAACUAGACGAUGUUCUUCAAAGCGACUUCAAACUAGGGAACAUUUACUAUUUGUCGACAUUGAAGAUAUUGACCUUGCAAUUAAUUAUCAAAUAUAAUCUGGUUGACGAAUAUAAAGAAACAAUACUGGAAUUAUUUUUACACGACGACAGGUACUUUUUUAAAGAUCCAAAGUUGAAAAUAAAUCUUUUGAUAAAACUACUUUUGAACUUCUUUGCAAAACUUGAUGACUGCAAAACCCUUUUCGGCUUGAAGUUCCUACAAUAUCUGAAACAGUUUGACAUUGAUUUCAGUACAUAUAUCAAGAACAUUUCAAAAGAAGUAUUCGAAAAGAAACUGAUUUCAAGUUCUCAUAAAGUUAACAGGGACAGUUGUUAUUUCUAUUAUAUUCGUUCCUACUUUUAUCAGUUCCAAAAACAAGUAACGCAAUUGAACACAAUUACAAUACAAUCGCUUUUGUAUGAAGACAGUGAUUCUUCCAUUAAAGAUAGCGAUUCUUUAGUAAAAAGCAUUGAUUUCCCCAAAAAAGAAUAUUCGUACACAACCUCGCAAGUCUCCGAAAAGCCCAAACUCACCGAAUCAUCUGUGUACUUCUCAGGAACGACAAUAUCUCAUCUGAGACAAAAAAUCAAAAUUACUCUCUGUCUCUGGAACAGCUUGAAUUUAGAUAGUCAAACGAUAACUAAGGGAUUGACCAAUAUAUUUGACGAAACUUUGAUUUGGUUGAAUACAAACCUGCGAUCAUUAGAGGAGUAUAAGGAAGAUUUGUUUUCAACUUUUACAGCGUUAAAAGAGUUUUGUUACUUCAAUCAUGAAGUGAAAAGACUGCGUAAUUUGAUCAAUGUUUCUUUUAAUGGAUAUGUUGUGUUCAAAGAUUUUGAAUUUUUAAGGGUUGCUACCGCAAUGAUGAUAGAACUUUACCUGGUUGAACAUACCCAAGAAUUGAGAUCUUCGAUAAUUGUGAUGAUUUCCAAAUUUAUUGAAAGUGCCCGAGAUAAAGCUCAAAAAUCGGAACUUUUUCUGCAGCUUUACAACUUUUUUGUGACAAUUAAUAUUGAAGACAUUUCAGAGCUUGUUACAUUUUGUCAGCAAAUUUGUUCCCAAUGUUUAAAAAGCUGUGAACCUCAAUUUCCACAAAUACUAAGGAGUUGUUCUGAAAUACAAACAGCAAUCCUUUUAACACAUCUCCCGAUUUCACGGCAAACAACAUGCAUAAUGUCUCAAUGGACAUCAGUUACAUUUAACUUAUACCAAUUACUAAGUCAGAACACUUCAAUACCGGCACCAUCCACGGUAUCAACUGUAAGAAGUCCGCGAUUCCAUUACCUCUAUAAUUAUGAAGUUUUACUCAAGGUAUCUUUUUUUUUAAACCAAGAGAUGACGCAGCAUUCUUCAUCAAACUUACCGCAAAUACUUCAAACUUACGAAAAAAAAUGGCUGAGACGUUCAAUAACAGCAGAUACGACAAUUUCACUUCUGGAAAUCAAGUUUACCAAAAUACUCUUACAAUAUCUCAACUUCUGCGCUUUCCACAAAUCAGUCAUCUCUCUCGUCGAGAUGUUCAAGGAGAAUGAGCGAUAUUAUCGUCCGGUGAUGCUUGUCUCAGAGAAAUAUGUUUUAGAAGCUUUUGUCAACCUUCAAAUGGUUGAGAAGAUUGCUACUUUUGAAAAACAGUAUACUCUUUUCAGCGAAGUAACCCUCCGUGACGCAUCCACAACCGAUGUCAUUGACUUUUUACAUAUUCAACUGCUUCUCUUUUUUUGGAAUAACGAUCCUGAAUCAUUUACCAAUUUAUUCCAUUUGACCAUUCCAAAGACCCGACCUGAAAUUUUAGACGUAAAAAACUCAGCUAGACUAGGCGUGUCCGAUUACGUCAAUGUCCUUCUAUUAAAUGUACAAGUUCAUUUGAGUGCUUCAAGAUUGAAUUUGAUUUCCGACAAUGUUAUAGCAGCUGUAACAGAGGCCAAAAAAGCUCUAAAAUUAGCAUCAUCUCUUUUAAAAAAGAUGUUUAAACUUUCACCAUCAUCAAGAUUAUGUGUUAUUCGUUUACUAUCUGAGACAUAUUCGGUUUUGUCGGACGCAUACAUAUCUAUUGGGAUAGCCAGAGAACCAGAGUUCUAUAUGAAAGAGCUUUCUCGAGUGAUCUGUGAACUGCGUGAACCCACUUGGGUGUUUAGAUCCUUAUAUUCUCUUUUUGAAUAUUAUGACCUCACAGUUCAGUUUCAUCUUAAAGGAGUUACUUUACAGAAACUAAACAAAACAUUUGAUUAUCUUCAAGGCGCCUAUGAUAUCCACAGCUUAACAGUGUAUUUAUAUUCUAAUGGCGAAAUCACUAAAAUAACUCAAUCCUUGGAAUUAUACUUCCAAUUUACGGACAUUGGCACAACGUUUUUACCAUCUUACUGGAAUCUAAAAUGUGGAUCAGUGGUUGACGACCUCAAAUGUCUUCCUUGCUACCGCCCAUUGAAUAUAGUGAACAAAAUGAGAAGGUUACUACGGCAAGUUUUAAAAUUGACUGAACACAAUGCCUUUCUCAAGGAGUUUUUUAAGUCCAGCCUUGCUAUCCCUUCAAUCAAGCCAAAACACAUCGACCUACCUACAUAUGGUUCAACUACAGAAUCACCUAGAUCAUCAAACAUGACCCCCAGGACAAAGAGUUUACAACAAAAAUUCGAGAGAUCUGUGAUAGUCCAGAAAUUACAGCGCAUGAAAAAAUAUAUUGAACAAGUGAAUAUCCAUACUCUGAGACAUGCAGAACAACACACCGUCUCUAAUAUUUAUUUGUCUACUAUUCUGCUAUUAUCAAACAUUGAAGCAGACAGCACCUUUUUGAAAGACGAUUUGAGACAAAGUUUCUUUCUAUCAGAUCUGUCACGUUAUGUUCCCUUUUAUUAUGACAGAAUAAUGAGUUGUCUGGACAAAGACAUUUAUAACGAAAUGUCCAUACUACCGUUUGGAUAUAUGGCGAAACAGAUAGCAAAUGAAAGAGCUAAAGCUUUGAGCAUGCAACAGGAACUCGACAAAGAGUUACUUGAUUUUAACGUGAUAUCAAUAGACAUAUGCCCUUUGACAGAGAAUUUGGUCUUGACAAAAUACGAGGGGCAAUCUCAUAGGAGGACCACCUUGCGGAUUUCGUUGAAAGAGAACAGAUCCAAAGAUACACAUUGCGGACACCUUUCAUUCUCUGCUGCAUUGGAGGAGAUGAAUACGAUCGUUGAAGAGAACAAUAAAACUACAUCAACAGAAGUCACCACCCAGAUCACCACACCCGAGGGACGUAAGAAAUGGUGGCAGUCACGGUACCAAUUAGAUAAAAGAUUGGAACAACUGUUAGAGAAAAUCUGUAACUUUUGGAUCAAUGGAUUUGCGGGGUAUUUUAGCCCCCAUUUAAUUGACCAAUCCCAUUUUGCUGAAUUUAAAAGCGGUUUUUAUGAGGUACUACAUCAAACUUUACCUAGUAGGAAAAAUUUCGCCACUCCAUCGGCGUUUAUUGAGAUUGAAGACUGGAUAUUGGAAAUUUUUCUCAAACUCGACCCUGAAAAUGAUAAUUAUAUCAAUAUGAUUGAAGAUUUACUGUACUUUGUUUUCGAUAUCCUAUUAUUUCACGGUGAAGAAAAUGCCUAUGACGAAAUUGAUUUAGGUCAAUGCUACGUUCAAUUGGUUGACAAAAUUAAGAAAUACCAGUCUCACGUUUGCAACACUACUACAUACUUGAAAAAUCAAGUUUCGCAUACUUUCCUGAUUGUAAGCAGUUUAUGUCAUAUCUUCCCAUGGGAAAGCAUACCUUUUUUAAAAGACAUGCGCAUUUCUAGACUACCAUCGUACAGAAGUCUGGUGCAUUUGUUAGAGAAGAAGGGAGCUUCCUUUCCAAUUAAUAUCUCUUUGGAUACAAAAUUGGGUAUGAUUCUAAACCCAAAUGGUGACUUACCAAGAACUGAACUGAACUUCAAAGAUACAUUCCGACACCUAUACGAGUCAACCUCGGAUUCAAAGUUAGUAUCAGGCGGUAAACCAAGCAAAGAAGAAUACCUAGCAAUGAUCCGGGACUCUAAUUUCUUUGUUUAUGUUGGGCAUGGAAGCGGCGAACAGUAUGCCUCAUUGCAAGAGGUUAAAAAAUCCGAGUCACUUGCUGCCAGUCUUUUAUUAGGUUGUUCCUCUGCAGAAAUGAAGCGAUGUGGUAAACUGGAAUCGACAAACUCCGUUUAUUCUUAUCUCCUGGGAGGAAGCCCAUUGGUUUUAGGGAAUUUGUGGGAUGUUACCGAUAAGGAUAUAGACAAGUUUAGCCAGAGCGUGUUUGAAAAGAUCGGGCUCAUCAAGGACUUCCAAGGUGAAAUAUCUGGUUACAAAGAUAUCCCAGAUGCUGUGGCCGAGUCAAGGGAUGUUUGCCAUUUAAAGUACUUAAACGGCGCAGCACCAGUAAUUUACGGAUUACCGGCCAAGUUCACCUGA